UUUUACCAAUCGUUCUCUCAAUGUUACAAUUCAGAUUGUCGAAAGAUCAUGUAUCUACCUAUUUUUUGUAUUUUUCUGUCAGUUGUCGAUUCCCUUCGAAUAUUGCAAAUUGUACCCGGUUUCACUAAUUCUCAUGUUUUAUUCAAUUACCGACUUGCAGAAACCCUCAGAUUUCUCGGUCAUGAUGUCAAAAUGUGGACUCAAAUGGAAAUGGCGAUGCUUGACACGGGAAAUAACAAACUUCCGGAAGGUGUUUCUGAAUACAGAAUACCAAUUCAUUUCACGGAUACUUUGAAAACUGAAGGAUUGAAAGUCUUCCAAUCAAUGAUGUUCGAAUCAGGAGAUGCUCAUGAUUUAUGGUGGACUGGUCAAGAAUUCAAAGAUAUGAGAGUAGAAGCAUGUGAACAAAUGCUUCGACACGAUGAAAGUGUGUAUGAAGAUUUUAGGAAAGACGGUUUUGAUGUCGCCAUUGCACAUUUCCAUGAUUUGUGUCCACUUGCAAUUGCGAAGAAAAUGAAUGUAAAAAGAGUAAUCUGGAUAACACAUGGAACAUCAAUUUACGAAUUCUCGGCUGUACAGCUUGGACUUCGAACGAUUCCAUCAACGAUUCCGCAUCCACUUUCUUCAGCUGGUUUCUCUCAAUUAUUUCUGGAUCGUGUACAAAAUACUCUUUGGCAUCUGUCACUUCUUGAUUUUGUGAAUCUUCCUCAAAAUCUUCUCGUUGACGAGAAUUUGUUCUAUCGAGAGUUCGUCGGUGCUGACCAAGAUGAUUUAUGGGAUUUAGCAAAAACCACAGUACCAUCAUUAUUAAUUAAUGGGGAUAGAAUGCUUGAUUUUCCACGACCACUUCCAAUUCAUAUCGCUUUUUCUGGAGAACUGGGAGUUAGUAAAGGAAAGAAGCUGGUUAUGGAAAAAUGGUUAGAAGAUAUAAUUGAGAAACCAUCGGAUGGACUUAUUGUAUUUUCAUUGGGAACUGUAUCAAAUACUACAAAUAUGCCAGCUCAAAUGAUUAACUCUUUCCUCGGCGCAUUCGGAAAAUUGAAGACUUACACAAUUCUUUGGAGGAUGGAAAAAUCUGUGGCGGGAGCUGAAAAGUAUGAGAAUCUGCAUUUGGUGAAGUGGUUACCGCAGAAGGAUAUUAUGAGACACCCAAAAAUGAAAUUAAUGAUUGCACAUGGAGGCUAUAAUUCUUUCUUGGAAGCUGCACAGGCUGGAAUCCCUGCUGUUCUGAUGCCACUAUUUGCGGAUCAGAAGAUCAAUGCAAAGAGAGCCCAGAGAUAUGGAAUGGCAACUGUACUGGAUAAAUUAGAUUUGACUAUCAAUAAUGUUUAUGGAGCCAUCAAGGAAGCAUUGAAACCGGAGUACUCCACAAAUGCAAAAAAACUAUCCGCGAUGCUCUCAGAUCAAGUUGCUCGAAAACCUUAUUCUGCACUCCGAUACUCUCUGAAAUUAGCAACAAGUCCGAAACCUUCUCUGUUCACACUGAAAUCUCAACAUUUAUCAUUCUUGGAAUUCCAUAAUCUUGACAUAUUUUCGAUUGUAUUGCUAACUGCGUUUAUUGUAUGUUUUUAGAGAAAACCAACUAAUUGAAAAAAAUUUGGGUAACUUAAAAAUUUGACUUUUCGAAAAAAUUGUCUUUUCGGCAAAAACAGUUGCUUGUAUGAAAUUAAAGAAAAACAACAAAACUGUAAUAAGAAGAUUUGAAAAUUCACCUGAACAC